ACCACCCAAGAAAGGAAGAGAAGAAGGAGUCGGCAGAAAGAGCGCCAAGCUGAAGAGACAGCCAGGCUGCAGAGGGCACUAAGGGAGGCCCAACAGAUGCGGACACCAAACUCGUUCCAGGGAGGAGGAAGAAGGGACACAGGGGUGUCGUGGCAAAGGACACCCCAACAUAACUACACGCCCACUGGGACAGGGGUGUCAGGACAGAGGACACCCCAGAAGUAUAACACACCGAGAGAGACUGGGGUGUCGGGUUAUAUGACACCCCAGGGAGGCUGUCAGACGAGGAGGACUGGGAUGUCGAGUCAAGGGACACCCCAACGGGACUGCCAGCCGAGGGAGACUGGGGUGUUGGGCCAAGGGACACCCCAAGGAGACCAACAAGCCAGGGGGGCUGGGGUGUCAAGUCAAAGGGCACCCCAACCAGACUACAAGCCGAAGGAGACUGGGGUGUCAAGUCUAAGGACACCCCAACCUGACUACAAGCUGAGGGAGACUGGGGUGUCAGGCCAGAGGACACCCCAAGGACCUGCACUGCCAAAGUUGAUGGACAUCCCCACCCUACAGCAGUGCCCCAUCCAGGGUUGCCCCAUAAGGGCAUUGGAUAUUCAGCCACAUGUGAUGCUGGAACAUGUGGCUGAAGUAUUCGGAGAACAACGAGACCAACCAAGGGCUUCCCUCGCUCCAAUCAGGGUAGCAGCACUACAGGCACAGGCCUGGAUGCUAGUGGGUGGGGACCUAGAGGAUUUGGUCACCCAUGUGAAUAGGCUGGAGAUAACACGGCCCCACAUCAUUGGGCAGGCAGUCCAGGGGCAGAUGGAGGAGGUAUGCCGGGAAGGGGGACGACCAGUUCCCCCAUACUUCUCAACAGCACCGGUCAACUCUCCUGGAGCCCUCAUUGACUGGAGGGUCCAGGCAGCCAUAAUGGGGGAGUUGGGAGACAGGGCGGAUGCGUUUAGGGGAAUGUUUAGGCUGCAAGGUCCCCGGGCAGCCAUAGGGUCCUCAGCAGGCCAGAUAGGACAGGCAGAGGGGGGAAUAGAUCCGUUGAGGUCCCCCUCCGACUCCCCUCCAGGAAAAAAACUAUUUGUGGACAGUGCAAUCAGGAGUCCAACACCUCCCGCAUUUGACUCCCACUUCCAUUUAGACCGGGGGUGGAGGCAAUGGAGGAUGAACGGGAGGAUGGACCGGCAACGGUUCAUCGAGAUGCGCCUUCCAACCCCCCCAAGAAACCCAGUGGACUUAGUAGGAGGGGUUAUGGUGUAUUGUGACCCAGGGACAUGGCCAUCUGCAUUGGCAUUGCAGGAACCCCCUGGAGGAUCACCCUGGGUCACAGCAAUAGGAGUCCACCCCAAAAAGGCCCAGCAGCUGGACGAUAGUUCGUUCGACAAGAUGGAACGGCUGCUGGGGUUGCCUGGGGUAAGGGCCAUUGGAGAAGUUGGGUUGGAUCAGAGCCAGCGGGACCCACCUCUUCAAAGGCAGGUUAGCACCCUAAGGUGGGUCCUAAAUUUGUGCAAGGGAAGGCCAGAGGUUCCCCUCAUUCUCCAUAUUAGAGGGGCUCCCGAGGAUCGCCAUAGUGCGGAGGCGCACCUGAAAGCCCUCACCAUAGUCCGGGAGAGGGUGGACCCUCAGCAGAGGAUCCAUCUCCAUUGCUUUGAUGGGGGCAGGCAGGAAGCGAGGCGUUGGAGGGAUGCCUUCCCCAAUGUCUAUUUUGGGUAUACGGGGGAGGUAAUCCGGUUUGACCAGGAACAAGGGCAAGUGGUGUCGUCCCUCCCCCUAGACAGGAUACUACUGGAGAGUGAUGCCCCCUAUUUCAGGCCAUCAUGGGUGCCCAAUCACAGCUAUGGGCAUCCCCAGUAUAUUGCCGAGGUGGCAAUGGGACUUUUGGCCUUUAGGUCGGGGGACACCCUUUGGGCAUUGCUGGAGGCCAUCACCAGCAAUGCACGAGUUCUGUAUAGGGUGUAG